AUGGGGUUUCGUGACAUCGAAGAUUUCAACCAUGCUUUAUUGGCUAAACAAGCUUGGAGAGUCUUGAAUAAUCCUAAUAGCCUCCUUGCUCGUAUCUAUAAAGGAAGGGAGUUGCUUAAGAAGGGGCUGAUAAGAUCCAUCGGGAAUGGGAGAUCGACAUAUGUUUGGUCUCAGAGCUGGAUCAUGGAUGAAUGCCCUCGGCGACCUAUUAAUAAACAACGAGAGAUUGAUGUUAACCUACGAGUGGAGUCGCUUCUGGAUGAGACUCAUCAAUGGAACGUGGAAAAACUUCAAACUCUAUUUCCAGAAAAUGAGGUAACUCGCAUAAGGCAGCUACAGGUUGGCAACAUCGCUGAUAAGGAUAUAUGGGCUUUCUCUGAUAAUGGUUCUUACACGGUCAAGAGUGGUUUCAAGUUGGCUUCUCUAGCAAAAGAAACAGAGGAAGUACUCUCUGUUGUUUCGCGUCCCGGAAGCUUGGAGCUCAAAAGAAAGAUAUGGAAAGUCGCAACUACUCCUAAGAUUCGAAACUUCCUGUGGAGAGCGGCUUCUGGCGCCUUGGCGGUCGCAGAGCGUUUGAAUACUAGAGGUUUAAACGUUGACGUACGAUGCAAGUUAUGUAAGUUGGCACCAGAGUCUAUUGAGCAUGUUCUCUUUCAAUGCGCAAUGGCACAAGAGAUCUGGAGUCUUGCAGAUGUUACAAUACCGAAACCUCAACGAGUGGCUAUUCCUUGGAUUCUCUGGACCAUAUGGAAAAACCGGAAUUGUUUGAUCUAUGCGGAUACACAAGAAUCUUUGGUGAAUCAAGUCCAACAGGCUUUGGAGGAAGCGCGAUUAUGGGAAGAGGUGAACGGUAAGGAUGAGGAGGUCCCUAGCAUGCAAGGAAUCAGUGCGGUCUCGAAGAAAUGGGAACCUCCUAUGGCAGGUUUCGUCAAAUGCAACUUUCACUCGAAUUGGCGAAAUGCCUCAUUACACAGUGGAGUGGCUUUCCUGGUGCGUGAUCAACAAGGCAACGUUCUGCAUCACGCGAGAGACGCCAUCACUUUUUCACCUAAUAGACUAACAGCUGAGCUGCGAUGUCUCAUAUGGAUAUUGAGAAGCUUGCGUGAUCUAGGGUAUCAGGAAAUCGUUUGCAGUUCUGAUUGUCAUGAACUUAUGGAGGCUGUAAUGAAACCCCUUGGCUGGCCUCGUUAUCGACUUCUCCUUCAAGAGAUCUCUGUUUUGUGUGGGUCUUUCCACUCUGUUGCUUUUGAAACAGAAUCUGCUCACUCUAACAUGGUAGCUCGUGAGAUUUCAAAGAGUGUUCUCCGUGAUGGUAGGUUUCAAUUCUAUCUAGCUUUGGGAGGGCCAGCUUUGUUACAUCACCUGAUCGUAAGGGAAGCAAGUUAG